AUGUGUAUUGCUUUGUUUCUUUGGCAAUGCCAUCCAGUGUACCCUUUUCUUCUUCUGAAUAACAGAGAUGAGUAUCACAAUAGGCCUACAAAGCCAAUAUCUUGGUGGGAAGAUUGUGAUAUUUUGGGAGGAAGGGACGAAAUAGCAAUGGGAACAUGGUUGGCUUGUUCAACAGAAGGAAGGGUGGCUUUUCUUACCAAUGUUUUGGAGCUUCAUACCCUCCCCGAGGCCAAAAGUCGUGGAGAUUUACCCGUUCUAUUUCUCAAGAGCAGCAAGCAACCCCAAGAAUUUGCAGAAAGCCUAAAAUCUGAUGCUCAUUAUUACAAUGGGUUCAACUUAAUCGUGGCCGAUGUUGUGUCCAAAUCAAUGGUGUACAUAUCCAACAGGCCAAAGGGACAACCUAUUACCAUUCAAGUGGUUCCACCAGGGUUGCAUGUACUUUCAAAUGAUAAGCUAGAUUCUCCAUGGCAUAAGGCUCAGCGCCUUGAAUUCAGUUUCAAAGAAGAAGUUAGCAAAUAUGGGGAAGCUGAGAUACCUGUGAAGGAGGUGAUUCAAAAGCUGAUGAAGGACAGAGUUAAAGCUGACAAAAGCUUACUACCUUGUAUAUGCUCACUUGAUUGGGAAUUUAAUCUGAGCUCCAUUUUUGUUGAAGUAGAAACACCAUUGGGUCUAUAUGGCACUAGAAGUAGUGCUGCCUUAACCGUAAGAUCAAGUGGGGAAGCAAGCUUUUAUGAGCAUUAUCUCGAUAACGGCAAAUGGAAGGAACAUGUCAUCGAUUUCCAUAUCCCCAAGACUAUAUAG